AUGGAUGCCGACUUUGACUGGAAGAUGUAUUUCCCGGUACUUCUGAAUGCUCUGAUGUCUGUGGUGGGUUUCGCCGUGACACUGAGGCUGUUGCCCAUGUCUUACGAGCUGUUCUUGAAGGCAGGGCUGAGUGGCCGAGAUAUGAGCAAAAGGACGCCCCCGGGCGGCAAACCCGUGCAAGUUCCCGAAUCCCUCGGGGUGAUUGCUGGAGCUAUGUUCCUCAUCAUCAUGUUUCUCUUCAUACCGGUGCCGUUCUGGACCUCGUGGUGGGCGGCUGAAAACUACGAGGACUUUCCACAUCACAGGUUUGUCGAGUUCAUCGCGGCGCUGCUCUCCAUCUGCUGCAUGAUAUUCCUGGGCUUCGCCGACGACGUUCUGAACCUACGCUGGCGUCACAAACUGCAGCUACCCACCAUAGCCACCCUGCCUCUCCUUAUGGUCUACAUGGUCAACAUCGGCUCCACCACCGUGGUGGUACCCAAGCCUCUGGACCAGUUUCUGGGCCCCAUCUUCAAUCUGGGUGUGCUGUACUAUGUCUACAUGGGCAUGCUGGCAGUCUUCUGCACCAAUGCCAUCAACAUUCUAGCUGGAAUUAAUGGCAUUGAGGCUGGCCAAUCCCUCAUCAUCGGGAUCAGUAUAAUCGUCUUUAAUCUCAUCCAGUUGACCGGUAACUAUCCGGAAACCAAUUUAUUCUCGCUGUACUUCAUUAUUCCAUAUUGUGCGGUGUGUGCGGCCAUCUUGUACCAUAAUUGGUAUCCCUCGGCCCUGUUUGUGGGCGACACGUUCUGCUAUUUCUCGGGGAUGACCUUCGCCGUGGUGGGCAUCCUGGGCCACUCCAGCAAGACCAUGCUGCUGUUCUUCAUCCCUCAAGUCAUCAACUUCCUCUACUCCAUCCCGCAGCUCUUCCAUUUUGUUCCGUGCCCGAGACACCGGCUGCCCAGGUACAAUCCAAAAACGGACAAGCUGGAAAUGAGUUACACCAAAUUCAAGACAAAAGAUUUGAACAUACUUGGCAGGCUGGCCAUUGGGGUCUUUGGGGCAUUUCGGCUGAUCGACAUUAAACAGGGCGUCGGCGAGAACAAGGAGUACACAGAAUGUAACAACUUCACCCUGAUCAAUUUUGUGCUGCGAGUGAUUGGUCCCACCCGCGAACCGAGACUCACCACCUACAUGCUGAUCAUUCAGAUCUUGGGAAGUCUUGUAGCCUUUGCCAUCCGCUACCAACUAGCCAGGGUCUUCUACGACGUUGUUGAGUGAAGAAAUGAUGUACACCCUAACAGGAAAAUGUGAAACAUAUGCAAACUACCAGAGAGUGCCAGAUGUAUUUCCAUUAGAUCAACUGGCUGCGGCUAGCAUUAACACACCAUUGUAUGGGAAGUGGCUACUGCGGCUAGCCAGUAACUAUUCAACCAAAUGUAUGUUAUUUCCAGCCGUAGCCAUAAUGUUUGGACACAGCCAUUGGCUGACCUUUCCCCUUUUGUUCAGAUACUGCAUGCAUCCAUUUUAGGGAUGUUACAUGCAUUUUACCACAGCACCUGCAAACAGUACUCACAUAUUUAUAUUCAAAAGUGCUGCUUCCUGUUGAAGGCUAUACACAUUUCUGGCAUGUCGGUAGGGGUGAUCGUUGGAAUGGAUUUCACCCUUUCAUAUUAAAAAAGAGUAGACACAUGUCGUAAGAUACAAAUCUGAUAUUUAUAUGACAUGCUUCUCAAGUUCAUGUACAUUUGUUUCACCGAUGUAGUGUAGACAUGGCUUUGUUUCUUAUGUGGUGAAGAAAACUCCGGCAAAGCGCUGCUUUUUCUCCCACUUUGAUAACUCCUCUGAGUUAGAAGAGCUGCCGGAACGCAUCAACGUUUGAGCUAUGUGAUGUUUAGUUCUGGAUUUUUGCUUUCCAGUUUUCGGGAUUUAUUUACCUGGAAGUCAUGUUUUGGGGUUUGUUUUUUUUUUUUUGAGGUUUCAACAGUCCUGCAUUGCUUCAGUUUUCAACUCUGGAGAAACAACCACAUUCAAGAUGCCUGUAGUUACAAGCUGUGUGUGAGAGAACUCAUGUUUUGUCGGCUUUUAGAAGUCCCGAAAAGUCCCCCCGUGCUAUUGUUACAGUCAUAAUCCCUCUGUUGGUUUUGUUCAUGGCUCCUCCUACAUCCCCUAGUCUCAUCCAGCACGAGUUGACCCUCAUUAUCAUAUGACUAAUUACUGUCAAAAAUUAAAAAUUCUGAGAAGAGCUGGCUCCCCUUUUGAGAUAGGAAUCACAUUUCAAAAUGUUUGUCAGUAGUAAUGCAUAACUCAUUAAGAUUUUUGUAAGAUUACGUGUAACUGGAACACAUGAAAUUGGUAUCCAAGUAACAAUUUUUUGUACAGCUUAUAGUGCAUUGUGAUAUUUUUACCAUAAAAUGAAGGUUUAUUCCAAUUAUGCACCCCAAAAUUAUGUAAAUAGAGUCUGCUGUUUUGCCUUUUGCCCAAAUGUUUAAUUGUCGAAGUUACUUGCUGCAGUCAUUUUGGGGCGCCUUAGGGCUGUAUUCAACAUCAAAGCACACCAAAAUCAGACUUUUCCAAUCAAACUUGGUGUGGGAAAAAGUAAUCACUUUAUUUAUGCAUUAAUGUCGUGGCUGCUAAUUUGAAAGAUGCCCUUUGCUGAUAUGGAAAAUGUCGACAAUUGAUUAAAAUGGGUAUUUACUUUGUAACAUUGUCAACAAGUAGAUUGUGAAAUGUUUCAUUUCUGGUAUUAAGAUCUUAAUAAUUUUGUUUUGGGAUCUAAUAAAAGUUAAAAUCCAGACAGUUUUUAUGUGCCAUAUUAUGAAAGUAACACUUUGUACAAUUGAUACUCCUUUCUGUUUGGCCCUACUAGUUUCACAAAGUAAUUUAUAAUUUCAGUAAUAUUUUUGAAAAUCUGUAAAGAUCUCGACAAAUAAAAUUGUAUUUAAAGUUAUGUA